CGUGCGAAAAAUUCUACCAUCAAACCGAUCACAUGACAUGCUGCGUGUCCAACCAUGUUACACGCUGCAGUAAUGAACUGGACGUCAGUCGGUCUGCCGUUGUCGAACUGAAGCGCAGAGUCGAAACAAGCAGGGAAGACCACGACGUCGCGACUCAGACCAAUCGACGGCUCCAAAUCGAACUGGCUAGCAAACUGCCUUUCAUCGAGAACAAGAUGGUCGAGUUGGAGGCUCAGCAGAGACUGAUGCAACACAAGACGAUACAGGCAUGCUAUCAGUCCGUCGACAACGUGCAGAAAGAAUGCCGAGAAAAGGUCAAAGGCAUGGAGCAACACCUAAGACUCCUGACGAAAAAACUUACAGACUUUGAAGAUAUUGUGUGGAAGCAAAGCACGAGAAUUCAACAGUUGGAGGGGAUGCUGUCUCACUGUCAAACUCUUCGAUCGAGUCGCUUCAUCGAUCAGGUCGAGGCUCAAGAACGAGUGACGGCCACGCACAACGCCAGACUAUCGGAGCAAGGACUGAGAUUGGAUCUGCUCGAUUGCAAAAACACCAACGGCGUCCUGCUGUGGAAGAUCACCGACGUGAAACGACGGAGGAGAGACGCCGUGAUGGGCAAAACGUCGUCGAUUUACUCUCAGCCGUUCUAUACGUCUACGAAUGGAUACAAAUUGUGUGCUCGAAUGUACCUUAAUGGUGACGGAAUGGGACGAGGCACGCAUCUCUCACUUUUUGUUGUCGUAAUGAGAGGAGAGUACGAUGUCUUGCUUGAGUGGCCGUUCCAACAUAAGAUCACUUUGAUUCUUAUUGAUCAAAACAGCAGGAGACAAAUAUGCGACGCGUUUCGACCCGACCCGACGUCGUCGUCCUUUCAAAGACCGAGAAGUGACAUGAACGUCGCCAGUGGGUGUCCUUUGUUUUGUCCACUGACGACACUCGACAGUGGAGGCUACAUCAGAGAAGACGCCAUGUUUGUCAAGAUUGUCGUUGACUGUUCAAAUGUGAUUCGCCCAGAGGCAGGAUAAGAGUUUUCUAGACUAAGACAGUCACCUUAUUGGUGUCUAAUUUCAAGCUUAAUUAACUUAAUUAAUAGAAAAUUUAAUAAAGUCUGCUUUCAUUAAAUAAAACAAAAUUGAAGCUAACAUGGU